CUUUUAAACUCGCCAGCGCCGCAUUGGCCUCGCUGGCCUUCUGUUUCAUAGGCUUUUUGCUUUGCUUACCUUUGAGGCAUGCGAAGUGAGCAAAAAAAAGUUAGGAAUGUUGUUCAAGUGUCUCCGGGCUCGCGCUUGGACUGUGUCGGAGCCCGGGUGUUUGUCUUUUCCUUGGCCGGCCCCUCGAUGCCAGCUCUCCGCAGAGGGGAGGGGGCGAGGUGGGGAGCAGAUACAGGAGACUGCCUGACGCCAGCUUUGUGAUCGGAAGGAGCGCGGGGAAAGCAUUUUUAUGGAUGGCUAAUCGCUGACAAGUCUUCCCGUUACUAUUCCUUCCUCCUCCCGCCCUUGACCGUGGACAUUUGAAAUGAUAGUUUGGAAAUACUACGUUGACUUAUUUCUGGGCUGGAGUGGGUACUCCUGAGAACUAACCUACAAAUGAUACAAAUCGAGUUUGGGGAUAAAAUUGUAUGUAAAUUGUUUACCCAGUAGUUCACAGUGAGAUACACACCCACAAGGGCACUGUGGAGUGCUUUGGAUGGAUCCAGUUUACUAGUCCCAUUUCGGUGGCUUGCCAGAUGUCUUGGAUGAUCUUUUGGAAGUGUAGGUUAGCAAGAAGCAUGGAGGCUGACCGUAAAGUCGUGAGGCAUUUAAUAAUGCUGCCUCCUAAGCAGUAACUGAGCGGAACGUUUGUGGCAUCCGUCUGGGAAAGUGAAAUGUGACUACUACAAGCAUAUCUCCUGCCUUAGCAUUCCUCCAAGUGUGAGGGAAUGCCUUUGGAUGUUUACAUUUUAAAAAUAGUGAUCUAUAUUUAAGAAGACAUUAAAAUAAAAGCCAAAGACAUUCUCAACUCCAAAUUGACAAAGAAUAAAUGAGUUUCCCUGUGCUUGUAGGAAAGCAUCAACACAGUUUUAGACUGCUUUUAGGUUUGUGGUUAUCCAAGGAGGCUUCAGAUGAGAAAAGGAUGUGACGCUUUAUAAAUAAGGAGCAUUUUAAAUACAAGAUGACACAAAUUUCAAGUACUGUAUCCGAAAAACAACUUUUAGUGGUAAUAGUCACCUUCACUGAUGGCAAGACAGCUGUCUACCAGACAGCCUUCGGCCUCUUAAUGUAUUCUGACACAACCAACUCCCAUUUUUAUGCUUGACUGGUUAUCUUUGUCAGAGCUGUUUUAUGCUUGAGCUCUGUGGUUUCAAACUAUGCUUAAGGGAAUGCCAACAUACUCUUGAUCUGAACAAACUCGUUUUUAUCUGCAGUGUUUACUAAAAAUCAAAGACGUAAACAAAUUUUGGGUUAAACCUCUAAGUACUUUAGAAUUACCACAUCUUUGUCAUCAGUCUUUCAAAGUCAACAUGAACUAUUUGGCUUUUCUCCUUUUAAAAUCUUUUUUUAACUUAUAUUUUCCUAGUUAAUGAGUAAUCAGAAAAUAUUCACAGAUGUCAACUCUUGCAUCUCUGAUUGCCCGAGACAUGGGAUGAGAAAGAAGAGCUUUGUUUUUUAAAUGAAACAUUACUAAAGAUAUCCAUACGUAAUAAACAACUGGUGCACUAUUUAUCUCUACUGAUCAUGUGGUCAGUCGGAGGGAAAAAAGUCUGUCCAAAAAUUGUUUCAUGAAGAUGAAAAUAUUCAAUGUCAGCAUGAAAAUAAUAUAUUUUCCAAAUAGUUUAAUUCUGAUUAAUGAGAGUGCAAUAUGCAUUGCCAAACUGGAGGGAUAGUGUUUCAUAAGCGAUCGCUAUAGCAUUAAGGUAACUAGAUUAUAUCUGACAUUCCCUCUGUAAUAAAUAAGAAAGCAGUUUCAUCAUGUUCUGCUUUAAUAUGUGGGAAAUAAUCCUUAUCCGCAGGAUGUACUCUCAUUUAAGGGAAGGUAAAAGUUAUGACAAAUACGUGGUUUUUCUGAUUUGCCAAACAUACUAUGCUAAGUUUUAAAGCUUUAACGAAGCUUAGUGCAGAUUUUCUGUAUAUUGUUUUGGACACUUAGAGAGGAAUUAAAAAACGGGAAACUGUCCAGAAUAAAGCAGUAAAUAUAGCAGUACGUUGAAACCAUGAAUCUUCUCGAAUAGUUGUAAUUUUAGGCGAUUGGAUUUAUAUUUCCUUGGUUACUGUUGCUAGUGAGUUGAAAAGUUAUUCUAAAGCCAAAAAAAAAAAAAAAUGCAAACAGUAAAUGCAUGAGUACUUACAAUAGUGUGAGCAUUUUCACAGUGUUUCAUAUUAUCCUGGUGAACGUCCAUGUCCUAAGUAAGGACAUUAAAAAAAUAAACAAUUAUCCCCUAGUAAUAAACUAACCUUUUAAAAUAAAUAUUCCGGUAAGUUAUGUCUCUUAAGAAACUUGUGUCAACUAAAGUUGUUAGGAUUUCAAGAGAUCUGUUAGCAUUAGAAGUCAUUAUACCCAUGAAAACUGGAUAUUCUUCUUGCCUGAUGGUCUUCAUCCUGACACUUCCUACCCCAAAACCAUGAGGUGACACCUCAGCCGCGCUUGCCUGACUUACAUUCAGCUCUCCUUUAGUGUCGGCCUCCUUGUGUGUUAGGCUGACUCAAGACCACUUUUCCGGGCUUAUCUUCCCAGUCUUUCCCUAUUUUAUGCUGCAAUUAAAAUAGCGAAUACUAGUUUCCACGCAUACCCUGUCCUGUGCACCUUCACCCCACGCUGAGGCCUUCCCAGCUUCCCCACCUCCCACCACAUCCUCGAAUGUGACUUCUUUAUCUUGUAGGCCCUGUUCAGGCGCUGCCUUCACUGGACUUUCUGUGAUGACCCUGGUCCCAGAGUUGGCCAGCGUGUGCAAGGGCUUAGGAGAAAGUCAACACACUUCUCAACUUGAAUUGGUCCUAGCCGCUCCCAGAAGAACGGGCGGGUUGGCCCCUAUGCCACCCUUGGAGAGCUGCUCGCCGCCCACUUUGCCGUGAAGGGCUGUGCGGUUCCCGUGCACGCCGGAGCCUGCUGUGGCCCCUUAUGCACUCCACCACCCCCAUCAGCUCCCUCUUCUCCUUCACCAGCCCCGCAGUGAAGAGACUGCUAGGCUGGAAGCAAGGAGAUGAAGAGGAAAAGUGGGCAGAGAAGGCGGUGGACUCUCUAGUGAAGAAAUUAAAGAAGAAGAAAGGAGCCAUGGACGAGCUGGAGAGGGCGCUCAGCUGCCCGGGGCAGCCCAGCAAGUGCGUCACGAUUCCUCGCUCCCUGGACGGGCGGCUGCAGGUGUCCCACCGCAAGGGCCUGCCCCACGUGAUUUACUGCCGCGUGUGGCGCUGGCCGGAUCUGCAGUCCCACCACGAGCUGAAGCCACUGGAGUGCUGUGAGUUCCCAUUUGGCUCCAAGCAGAAAGAGGUGUGCAUUAACCCUUACCACUACCGCCGGGUGGAGACUCCAGUGCUGCCUCCUGUGCUCGUGCCAAGACACAGUGAAUAUAACCCCCAGCUCAGCCUCCUGGCCAAGUUCCGCAGCGCCUCCCUGCACAGUGAGCCACUCAUGCCACACAACGCCACCUAUCCCGACUCUUUCCAGCAGCCUCCGUGCUCUGCACUCCCUCCCUCACCCAGCCACGCGUUCUCCCAGUCCCCGUGCACGGCCAGCUACCCUCACUCCCCAGGAAGUCCUUCUGAGCCAGAGAGUCCCUAUCAACACUCAGUUGACACACCACCCCUGCCUUAUCAUGCCACAGAAGCCUCUGAGACCCAGAGUGGCCAACCUGUAGAUGCCACAGCUGAUAAACAUUUAGUGCUAUCGAUACCAAAUGGAGACUUUCGGCCAGUUUGUUACGAGGAACCCCAGCACUGGUGCUCGGUCGCCUACUACGAACUGAACAACCGAGUUGGGGAGACAUUCCAGGCUUCCUCCCGAAGUGUGCUCAUAGAUGGGUUCACCGACCCUUCAAAUAACAGGAACAGAUUCUGUCUUGGACUUCUUUCUAAUGUAAACAGAAACUCAACGAUAGAAAAUACCAGGAGACAUAUAGGAAAAGGUGUGCACUUGUACUACGUCGGGGGAGAGGUGUAUGCCGAGUGUGUGAGUGACAGCAGCAUCUUUGUGCAGAGCCGGAACUGCAACUAUCAACACGGCUUCCACCCAGCCACCGUCUGCAAGAUCCCCAGCGGCUGCAGCCUCAAGGUCUUCAACAACCAGCUCUUCGCUCAGCUCCUGGCCCAGUCAGUUCACCACGGCUUUGAAGUUGUGUAUGAACUGACCAAGAUGUGCACUAUCCGGAUGAGUUUUGUUAAGGGUUGGGGCGCUGAGUAUCAUCGUCAGGAUGUCACCAGCACCCCCUGCUGGAUUGAGAUUCAUCUUCAUGGGCCGCUGCAGUGGCUGGACAAAGUUCUGACUCAGAUGGGCUCUCCACAUAACCCCAUUUCUUCAGUGUCUUAACAGUCAUGUCUUAAGCUGCAUUUCCAUAGGAUAGAGGCUAUUGCAGGGAGUGGCUUGUAUCAUUUCAGAUUUGCAACUAACUGAGGUUUCUAAAAGCAUGUGUAAAUACACAGAAUGUAUACUGUUCCUAUUUUUUUUAAUCACCAUUUGUUUUGUGCUUUCUAGUUAACCUGAUGCCAGCACAGUGCAAUUGGAAAAGCAGGCCUUUGGUGCCUGUGCUAUAAGCAGCAGAUUUCGUGGGAGGAAACAAUUGAGAGGCAGUAUUGUCAACAGUAUUUGCAGGGUGUUAGCAGAAUAAAAGGCAGCUUUAGUCAGCCGUGUCAUUAUAAAGCAUGUUGUGUGGCCUCACAGAAACACUGAAACUGUUUAUACAGCAAAAGUCAGGUAUUAGCAGCACUAGAGCAUAUAUCACUCAGAUGAAACAAAGCAGUGAAACCCCUCCAGUUGAAAUGAUGUCACUUUUAGCGCUAUUGGCAAGAAAAAAAACAAAAAAAGCUUGUACAAUGAAUUAAUGAGAUAAUCCAUAGAAACUUUAUUUCUAAGGUUGACAUACCUGUAGCUGGGCUCCUGUGUUCAUAUUCAGUGGUACAUUUUAAACAAACUGUGAUUGGAAAAGAAAAAAAAAACUGUGAAGCCGAAAGUCAUGUUCCCUCAGUCUACCGCUGUAAAAACAGAGUCUAAUAUGGGAAAAUAAAUACGAAAAUAGCAUGAAAUGCUGUUUCCCAAAUUACAAGAUAAGACCAGAACUUGCUCCAAGAGCCACCCAGGGAGACUCCUGCUUUCCACAGAGGAGACCAGGCUCCUGUUGUCCUGGUUGUUUGUGUCAUGCCAUCCUGCAAACUUUGAGUCUGCGCAGCAUGCCAGAAUAGCACGUGUUUCAGUCUGGUGUCAAGAAGCAGGUGAAAGCAAAGGUUGGAGAAAAGUGUCACACGUCGACUUACACUUUCUCAUUUCCCACGUUCCAGUCUCCUGGGAAGGACACUCUUUUGCCACGUUUUCUUGCCUCUUGGCAAAUAUUAACUCCUUGCAGAUUACUAAAGCAACAGUAAAGACUUUGAGAAAAUCUAGACACAUUAUUGGAUCAAUGAGUUAUUUAACCUAGUGUCUCCAGUGAUUAUCUAAAGUCUCAUAGCUGGAAAUAAAUUCCCAAGUAAAGUGAUACUAAUUUCAUAAUCAUCUAUAAUUUCUGGGGAACAGUGGUAAUGAAUAAUAUAUCUUUUAAAAAUAUACACAAUAUUAAAAACAUGUUCUUAUUUUACUUUAGAUGAGGGAGGAAAAUCCCCAAAUUUCCAGGUACUUUCAUAUACAUACUUGCCAUGCACUAAACACUACAUUGCUUGGAAAAAUAUUUCACACCCUCUUUAAAAAUAUACAAUUUAAGAUAGCAGUUAUGCUUGUAACAGACAGCACUUCAGUAAUCCAAGAAGUUUCUUCAUUUAUACAUUUUAUCUCAACUCUUUCUAGCAUUAGUGCACAUGGUAGUUUUUCUAAUUAAAUUGUAUUCAAGGUAGAAAUGAUCAUGUGAGAAAGAUAUGAUUGAGCUACUACUGUCACCUCUUAUAAUGACUAGUGUUAUCUAAUAGAAACUUUCAUACAUACACAAUAGAAAAGAAUUAUUACACUUUACAUUGAAAAAUGUAAUAUGUGGCUCAUGUAGUGUUUAGAAAAAUCUGUAGUUGAUUGGUUCAUCAACUAUGUAUUGUGCACCUACCUAUAGGUGUCAGGUACAAUGUUAGGCACUGUAGUAUCAAAUGUAAAUAGAAGACAGUCCCAGCCCUCAUGGAGCCAAGAAUCUAAUAGUGCAUCUGUUUGUACAGACAUCAUCAUGUUUCAGAACUUUUCAAACAAAACAAUGCAAUCUGUCUUUUGCUUGAAAGAAUGUAAUUGAUUUCUUAUCUCUGUUUUGAAAUUUUUAUUUCCUUGCUCUUCUGCAGAGUCAGGUAAUGGAUUCCUUGUAUAAAUGCUACUUUUCUUCCAUGUCUCAAAGUGGUUUUUGUUCCUCUCCUUGCUUCCCUAUUUUCCAAUAAUUCUCUGUCUCCCCUUCUCUUGGAAAAGGCAUUAAUAUGGUGAGUCUCAUAUGGGAACCAUUCCAUGGGAGAACUUCAACACAGCUUUUGCUCCAGAGAUCAAACAUAGCUUUCAUGAUCUCUCUACCAGCUAUCGAACUUAUCCUCUGGUAAUCUUUUUUUUUUUGAGACAGAAUCUUGCUCUGUCGCCAGGCCAGAGUGCAGCGGUGCGAUCUCAGCUCACUGCAACCUCUGCCUCCCAGGUUCGAGCGAUUCUCCUGCCUCAGCCUCCCAAGUAGCUGGGACUACAGGCAUGGACUUCCACGCCUAGUUAAUUUUUGUAUUUUUAGUGGAGAUGGGGUUUCACCAUGUUAGCCAGAAUGGUCUUUAUCUCUUGACCUCGUGAUCCACCUGCCUCAGCCUCCCAAAGUGCUGGGAUUACAGGUGUGAGCCACCACGCCCGGCCUCCUCUGGUAAUCUUAUACCUUUACAGAAUUAAUCUAAACUGGUGGCUCAUAAAUGACAUUAAAAACAAAAAACAAUCUGGAUGCAGUGGCUCAUUCCUGUAGUCCCAGCACUGUGGGAGGCCAAGGUGGGAGGAUCACCUGAGCCCAGGAGUUUGAGGCUGUAGUGAACUGUGAUCACACGACUGCAUUCUGGCCUGGGUGACAAAGUGACACCCUGCCUCUAAACAGAAAUCAAGCAACAAAAAACUUGUUAUUUCCCUGCAGCUUUGGGAAGCCAGAACACAAUUUUGCAGUGAACCUGAAUUUUCUGUGACAAAUAAAUUACUAAAUUGGCACAUAUGAUCAUCACCAGUCAUGUCUCAUCAAAAGCCUUUAUUAAGAUGCUUGUAAAAUUUGAAGAAUUUAGAAGUGAUGAGAAGUUAACCCCUUAGUCAUUGUAACAUAAUCAUAUUUUAAUCAGCUUUUUCUUUUGCUACCAAGAGUUUCAAAAAAUGAAUGCAGUAUUUGAUUUCAGGCUUCUAAAUGUGCUCAUUUAGCACUCAUUCCUUGACGUAGACAAUAAAAGAAAAAACCGAAUAGCAUUCUUUCCAGGAUAACUAUUGAAGCAGACAGCUAAGCCUCUAAACAUGAGCACUGCGGUGCAUAUUUAAGGUUGCCACAGACAAGGAUCACACAACAGAGAACACUGUAGUAACAUUUUGGUCUGCUCAACAACACCCAGAACAUUUACCAGUUUUUGUUGUUGGUUUAUUAUUUUUCUGUUAAAAAAUUGUGAAAAGUUUGUUUUAGCUGGAUGAUAUUUUAAUAGUUGCCACUGUUUUGGAACUAUAAAGAUGUCACUACUUAACACAUAUACCUUAUGUUUUGUUUUGUUUUGUUUUACACUCAGUAUAAAUCAGGAAAAGUUAGCCAACCAGCUAGCAUUUAGAAUCCUCUUUUUUAUUGUCUUCUGAGGAUAUGGAUGUUCCCAUAACAGCAACAAAACAGCAACAAAAACAUUUCAUAAAUAUCACUUGAUAGACUCUAAGCACCUGCUUAACUUUGAAUGUGUCCCAAAUAUUUAGUGUGUGUAUAUAUAUAUAUAUAUUCAACAAAUAAAGCAAAAUAUAACAUGCAUUUCACAUUUUGUCUUUCCCUGUUAGGAUUUUAAUAGCAGAACUGUAUGACAAGUUUAGGUGAUCCUAGCAUAUGUUAAAUUCAAAUUAAUGUAAAACAGAUCAACAACAAAGAAACUUUCUAUUUGAGUGAAGUCAUGCUUUCUAUUAUAACUUGGCUUCGGUUAUCCAUCAAAUGCACACUUACACUGUUAUCUGAUUGUUUAUAAUAAAGAAUACCGUACCUAUA